UCAAUCACUAUCGCCACGGCAAUAUGGCCGCGUCCAUGACGCGAGCGCUGCUUACAUAUGCGUAAUAGCGCCUCGAGGAAUUGGCCCCGGCUAGCUUGGUUAGCGAUGCAUAGCUUUCCGCUUUGUCUCUACUCGGCCGCAUGGCUACGUUCGUUUUGGGUAUGACCAUUUUUAAUCUUUCGGGCAUUGCUCAGUCGUACUUAAGAGCACUCGUCGGCCUUGCUACGGCGGUCACGGCAAACCCUUCUCCGAUCGGAAGUUGAGGAUUUGAUCGAACGUCGGCAAUUGACGCCUUGCAUGUCUCGGGAGUUGCUGUUUGGAGAAACGUGCCUCACUAGUUUCGUGGCAGGGGCGACUAGAGUCAUGGCUGCCAACAUCUGGCAGGAUGCGCUGAAUGCUGAGCGCGCCGCCAGCGCUUAUGAGAGAGCGCUAGACGAAGAAAGCGUGCUGGUGGCCCUGGGAGACAUGAAGCCAUCACCUAACGGGGACAGCGCCGCCGCCCUGGUGGACGAGAGUGGGUGCGUCUACCUGAGUGGCUCGAGGCGCAAGGUGGACUUUGUGCUGGCCUACUCACCUGCCAAGCACCAGGCCAUCCGGGACAUCUUCGAGGAGGAGCUCAGCAAGGCAGGCCUGGUGCUCGAGCAUGUCCCACUGAAUCCGAGUGGCCUUUGCUUUGUGAAGAUCCAUGCUCCUUGGGAGGUGCUGAGCUGUUUUGCUGAGAUCAUGCGCCUGAAGAUGCCCGUCAAGGAGCUUCCAAACCAAAAUCGCCUUGGCAGGCCAGUGAGACAUCGAAGAGUCCGAAGAUGGGGCUCUGCCAAAAACGAUAGCGUUCCGGGAUUCAUUGGUCUGGUGGGUGGAGCUACCCAAGAAAAUCAAUCGCCAGGGUGUCGUUCCGAAGACUCAUCGUGGAGCUUGAGGAUGCAGGAGCAGAAUGCUAUGCUGGACUGUGAGCCUGUGGAAGUUCGUUCAAUGGGACGUCGUCAAAAGCAGUUUGCUGUUACGUUUUCGAUGUCGAAGGAAUACCUGUUCGACAUCCCCGAGCCGAAAGAGGACUUUUUCAGUGCGGCACAGAGGGCGCAAGUGGUGCACUUUAUUCUUCAGCGCAAAUCGUUCUCAGCCGACACCCAGCGAAGCCACUUUGGCAUUGGCCGACUGCUUGCUGAUGGCGUCUAUUUGGCUGCUUAUCCACUGCACGAAGGUGGCCCCGACCGCACCUCUGGUGAAGGAUCGGCAGCGCCCCGCACGCAACUUCGGCGCAAGUGGGCCUCGGUGCUGGCAUUAUUUCGCUACCAACCACUGGAUGAUGUGCGACGUUAUUUCGGUGUCAAGAUUGGCCUCUACUUUGCCUGGCUAGGCUUCUACACUACCAUGCUUCUGCCAGCAUCCCUCUUGGGUCUUGGCUGUUUCCUGUAUGGUGUUGCCACGUUGGGCAAGCAUCGCCCUGUGCACGAGAUGUGCGCCGGUUCCGAGUCACGCCUGCUGAUGUGUCCGUUGUGUGACAAUGGCUGCGAGUACUGGCGCCUGCGUGACAGCUGCACACAAGCCCGACUGGGCUACCUGUCCGACAAUGGUGCCACGGUCGUCUUUUCAGUCUUCAUGUCGCUCUGGGGUGCUGCCUUUCUCGAACUAUGGAAGCGCUACUCGGCACGCAUCACUUACCAGUGGGACUUGUCUGGCUUUGACACCCUGGAGGAGAACUCGAGGCCCGAAUACCUGGCACGCUUGUCGCGCCUUAAGAAACGCGAGGUGGAGCUCAUCGAGCAGCAGGAGAAAGGCGGUGUCGAGUCCCUGUCAUUCUGGCGUAUACGCUUGCCCUUUGGCCUGUUGUCGGUGUCGGUGGUGCUGCUGCUGGUGCUGCUCGCUGUGGCCGCCGUUGUAGGUGUCAUUGUGUACCGCAUGUCGGUGCGUGCUACACUUGCACUGCAAAGUGAGGAGAUGUCGAGCUUCAUUCCACUCAUCACUUCCACCACUGCAGCCCUGCUCAACUUGCUGUGCAUCCUCCUCUUCAACAUGUUGUAUUCUCGACUGGCUGUCUACUUGACUGAGAUGGAGAUGCCGAGGACACAGACCGAGUAUGACGACAGCCUGACCCUGAAGCUGUACCUGCUGCAGUUUGUAAACUGCUAUUCAUCCAUCUUCUACAUUGCCUUCUUCAAGGGAAAGUUUGUUGGCCGACCUGGGAAGUACAACACAUUCCUGAACUAUCAGCAGGAAGAGUGUGGCCUCGGGGGUUGCUUUGUGGAGCUGUCCAUCCAACUGGCCAUCAUCAUGGUGGGAAAACAGGCAUUCAGCGCACUCUCGGAGAUGGCGCUGCCUUAUGCCAUGCGCCUCUGGUCUCAUCUGUCGUUUCUGCGGAGCAGCAACAAUGAGCACCGACCUAAGCAGCCCUGGGAGCGCGACUACUUACUUCCCGACAUGGGCUCCACUGGCCUCUUCUACGAGUACCUCGAGAUGAUCCUGCAAUACGGCUUUGUCACGCUGUUUGUGGCGGCCUUUCCUCUGGCACCUCUCUUUGCACUGCUCAACAACGUGCUCGAGAUUCGACUAGAUGCACUGAAGCUGCUCAGCUCUUAUCGGCGGCCAGUGGCUGUGCGAGUCCGUGACAUCGGUAUCUGGUACCGUAUCAUGGACUCCUUGGGCAAACUGGCUGUGCUUACUAAUGCGGUCCUCAUCGCCUUCACAUCGGACCUGGUGCCGCGCCUUUACUACCGCUGGAAGGUGUCACCCACGGGAACCCUUGAUGGCUUUGUGGACUUCAGCCUGUCCUACUUUGAUGUGCAAGAUUACGACGAGGGUGUGCGACAUGGGAAUACGUCGGGCCUGCUGGGCUCUCGAUAUUGCAGGUACGCUGACCACCGCACACCACCGUGGGUUGAGAACCAGUACAAGCGAACAUCACAGUACUUUGAAAUUCUAGUCUGGAAGUUUGCCUUCGUGCUAAUAUUUGAGAACGUAAUUGCAUUCCUGAUGACGAUAAUUCGCUGGAUCAUACCCGACGUUCCCAAGACCAUUCGGGAGAAAAUUCGAGAGGACAACCGGCUCACCAAUGAGAUCAUAAUCCUGCAGGAGCUACGCCGACGACAUGUGGACAGCCCGCCACCAGUGGCCUGAAUGUUCACUGCAGCAGUGUUCUGCCAUUCCUGCCAAGUUCCUGUUCCACUCUGUGCAAUUGUCUGCAGCUUGUGUUGUGAAAGCAAACUGAGGCCUUCGAUGCAUUGGUGCCAACGGUGCCCAUGAUCAAAGCCAUGGAAAAUGUUAAUGGACAAAGCUUGUGUUGCCACAGCACUUUGUGCAGUGAUUUUAGUGUCUGGUUUUGUGAACUCCUUGUGUACCUGCCCAGCAAAAAAAACAGCGCAUGCCAUACACAUGCCAUCAGCUUCACGGCUUGAAGGCCAUGCUUAUUGUUCUCAAACUCAGGGUCACGCCAGCCCGCCUCGUGAAUGAGGUUACCUGCUAAAGCAUUAACCAUAAUCGUGCUUUUCUCGCUCACCUUUAUUGUUACAGACGCUAUUUACUUACGCAGAGUUUAUACGUUGUGCCAACUGCUGCGCAAGCGCUAAUAUUACAAGCAAUCUCAAAUGCGUUAUAGACCGUGAGCAAUUUAUGUACAAUUUUAUGUACGGCUUGUUACAACAGCGACGUGUCAUCACUUUUUGGCCUAAGCACUACAGUUUCUAUUAAAAGUGUGCCACCACA